AUGUCUGCACCUCAGGAAGCCCCAGCUCCAGUGGAGGGCGUGGACGUCGUCCGCAAGUACGACCACUCUCGCGACGAGCAUGCCCUCAAGAUGCUCGUCGGCCAGGGCAUCAUGGAAGGCCUUGCUCGGGCCAAUAACAAAAUCAUCACCAGCCCCUUCGUCCUGCUCCCCAUCAUUCUCAUAGGACUGGUGAUCAGCCACUAUGCCGGAUUCGCCAUCAACAGCAAUCCCUUGAGCUACAUCUACCCGCUCGUCGGCCCUGCCCUCGCCCUCCUCCCUCUUCUGGCAUCUAUCGAGUACCUCCAACGACCUGCUUUCACCGCCCGUUUGCGCAAGACGAUCGGGUCGCUCGAUAUGAUCAAGCCUUCCGUCUACUAUGCUCCCGCACAGAGCGGUGUGUGGGUAUUUGAACAUGAGGGGAGUGUUGUGGGCGCUGUAUGCCUGGAUGCGGGGGAACAGGCCUUGGAGAAGCUCAGUAGUGUCUUGGGAGAGGAAGACGGGCAGGUGACAGGGGAAAAGGGCGUAGUGGGUGAGCUACAGUUAGUACCCAAAAAGGCAGAGAGCAACUCUGGUCUUCGAAAGCGACCUACUGUCUCAGGUGCCAACAACGAGACCCGCUCCGUCAUUGCCCGGAUAAGACAUCUAGACGUCGACCAGCCAUACCGCAAAAGUGGCGUUGGGAGUGAACUGUUGCUCACAGCGCUGGAUCACACGUUCGACGUCUCUGUUCAAUCUCCUUGUCGUAUCGAGAAGGUUUACGUGUACACGAACCCUAUGUCGGUGGACGGCGACAAAUUGCUCAUCAAGUGCGGCUUUGUCCCUGUGACAGAGGGGGAAGCGGGGGCCGACUGGGAGGACAGCGAGAAGAUAGGGCUGUUUGGCUGGAAGGGGAGAUGGAUGAGUGUAAGCCGUGAUAGAUGGUUGGAAAAUCGGACCGAGAUCUUGGCGAAGAACCGAUAG